GAGGAUCUGGGACAGGUUGACUCACCUUUUGGUGACAUAAGUUCUUAGAAAGAAAAGGAAUAGCAGUGACCACUCUGGUCACAAUGGCCAAGCAGCUGAACCCAUCACCCCCUGAGGGGACACCCACCCAAGCCUCGGGGCUCUGCCGUUUUUGGUUAGCUGGGCAGGGGCACUGGCACAGGGCUUGCACCGAGACUGCCUUGCAGAACACAGAUUCCAGUUAACUCUGCAAGUUUAUUUUAGCCUACAGUGAAAUGUGGUAAAUUCUGGUGUUCUCAUGCGUUGUGAUGUAAACAAGGUGUGCUUAUUUAUUGAAAAUAUGAAUAGUGCUCUCACCAUGCCCUUCUAAGUGUUUCAAGUGGGCCAGUGCAUGUGCCGAGCAUUUAUCUGCAUACCUUGUGCCUGCAUCAUGUGCAGUAAUAACGUGUUUUUCUUACGUGUGCAAAUACUUGUGUGUUCGUAGCAUCUGACACGUCGGGCGGUAGCUCGGCAGUGCGGGGUGAGCCCGGCCCGCAGGCCUGAAGAGGCUGCGCGCUCAAUCCCCCCGCACCCGACUGCGCUCAGCGGUGACAUCUCCCGGCGGUGCGCUUUUCCCCUCCCAAGACGAGUACGCAGACCCGCCCGCUCCCGCCCCGCGUCCCUCCCCGGGAAAAGCGGCGGGCGGCAGCGAGUGCCUCGGCUCAGCCCACCUAUGAGGCCUGACUGGGCCCGUGAGGCCGGGAGUCCCCGCCCAGCGGCUCACCGCCCCUCUGCUCGGCCCGGCCGCUGUCCCGGCUCCCGCUUCCGCCGGGCGCUCGCCCGGCGCCGCCUGCAGGAACCGCCGCCAUUUUGUGACGGGAGGCGGCGGGGCCGGCCCGGCGGCAGCGGUACGUGAGGCGGCGUCCCUGCGCCGGCGGGGAGGAGGAGUGUACUGAAGCAUGUUUUUACCAAGAUCUGUUAAAGUCAAGAGGGCUGCUGAUGAUGACAAAAGUUGUACGGCUAAGAAAAAUAAAUUGUCUUCUGGAGGAUCUUUGCUGGAGGAGACCACCGAGUUCCAAGACUGUAAGUCAGGCAGAACGGAAGCUUCUGCUUCAAGAUGCAAUUUGAAUGAAGUUGUAAAAGAAAGCACAGAGCCUGUAACUGGAGAUCUUGGUGUUGCUAACACAACUUUGGGAAAGGACAACCAAAAUACUGAUGAAGACAGCUCUUCAGAAGAACCCAUUAAAUCCUUCAGCAAAUCUCAGCGUUGGGCAGAACCUGGAGAACCUGUAUGUGUUGUGUGUGGUCGUUAUGGAGAGUAUAUCUGUGAUAAAACAGAUGAAGAUGUGUGUAGUUUGGAAUGUAAAGCCAAACACCUUCUACAACAUCAAGAAAAGGAAAAAAAGCUAAAAACUGAUCAACUCACAAAAGCAGAAUCUCAAGCAGAAACUCACCUGCUUAAUACACCUUAUUUCUACAAAGAUCAUUCCUUUAUUUUAGGUUUGCAAGAUGAGCAGAUUGAGAACCUUAAACUGCAGUUAGGUAUUGCUGUCCAGGGCCAGCAUGUUCCAAGACCAAUUAUAGAGUUUGAACACUGUGGUUUUCCUGAAACUUUAAACCAUAAUUUAAAGAAUUCUGGCUAUGAAGUCCCAACUCCCAUCCAAAUGCAAAUGAUCCCUGUUGGACUACUAGGAAGGGAUAUUGUGGCUAGUGCAGACACCGGCUCGGGAAAAACAGCCGCCUUCCUACUCCCUGUUAUUAUGAAGGUUUUGAAAGAGACUGAAACUCCAUCUGCCCUUAUUUUGGCACCAACAAGGGAGUUAGCAAUUCAGAUAGAGAGACAAGCCAAAGAACUGAUGGCUGGCUUACCGAACAUGAGAACAGUUCUCCUAGUGGGAGGUUUGCCACUGCCACCACAGCUCCAUCGUCUCAAGCAGAGUAUUAAGGUUAUAAUAGCAACACCUGGAAGACUUCUUGAGAUUUUAAAGCAAAGUUCUGUUCAACUGCAUGGCAUAAAAAUUGUAGUGGUGGAUGAAGUGGAUACCAUGUUAAAAAUGGGUUUCCAGCAGCAAGUGUUGGAUAUUUUGGAAGACAUCUCUCACGAUCAUCAAACCAUACUGGUGUCAGCUACGAUUCCAGUGGGCAUCGAACACUUGGCAAAUCAACUUCUACACAAUUUUGUAAGAAUAACAAUUGGAGAAAAGAAUCUGCCAUGUUCCAAUGUUCGCCAAAUUAUCUUGUGGGUGGAAGAACCAUCUAAAAAGAAAAAGCUGUUUGAAAUACUAAAUGAUAAAAAACUCUUCAAACCUCCAGUGUUGGUGUUUGUGGACUGUAAACUAGGAGCAGAUCUGUUGAGUGAUGCUGUUCAUAAGAUUACAGGAUUGCAAUGUACAGCUAUGCAUUCUGAAAAGUCUCAGGUGGAAAGAACAGACAUAUUACAGGGAUUACUUCAAGAGAAAUACGAAGUUAUAGUAAGUACUGGAGUCCUUGGACGAGGGCUUGACCUUGUCAAUGUCAAACUGGUAGUAAAUUUUGAUAUGCCUUCAAGUAUGGAUGAAUAUGUACAUCAGGUUGGAAGAGCAGGAAGGUUGGGUCACAGUGGAACUGCAAUUACUUUUAUUAAUAACAACAGCAAGAAGCUCUUUUGGGAUGUUGUGAAGAGAGUAAAACCAACGGGCACCAUUCUUCCCCCACAGCUGCUUAAUUCCCCGUAUCUUCAUGACCAAAAAAGAAGGGAACAACAGAGACUUAAACAAUUACAGAAUAGCCUUGUAACAGGAGAUAAUAUUACGGACAUUAUUAGAAAACACGACAAAAAUAAUUAUCAGAGGCUGAGGCUUGGGAAAUUCGUGCUGCUGUGAUGAAUCAUCCCUUUUUGGCAGACUGAGAUGUCCCAGGUUCCUUAAGAAGCAGCAACUAGAAAUGAUCUUUUAAUAAAAGUUUUGUACUUAUUGAAAACCUAAUCUUAACUCACUGG